AUGGCUCCGACUCCAGAAGCGGUUCCACGGGCAGACCCCGCCGGACUGCACACGACUGAGCCCUUGGGGGGCACGAUUAUGAGCGUUGUUAUCUGUCUCGUCUCCAUCAGCAUCAUCUCCGGCUUCUUUGUCGUGUUCGCCGUCUACGCAGAUUCAUAUCUCUUCGUCUUCGUCACGGCGAUUCUCCAGUUCGCCCUCGGCGUCAACACAAACAUCCAGAUCUGCGACGGCGCCAUCCUCCUCUGCCUCAUCUGCUACAUUACGACAAAAGUGCUCAUCUACCUUUUCCUAGUCGAAAAAGCACAUAUUAUCCGAGGAGCAACGAAAUCGCGGCUCAGGUCAAAGCUCUACAUCUUCAAUUCGUUUGGCAUGCUUGGCGUUUAUACCGUCAUCGCCAUCCUGAACUUUAUCUUGUAA